GCGUGGUCAACGAGGGAGGAGGAGGGCAGUUUAGUUGCCAGCAUGGCGUUUACACUGUAUACGCUUAUCCAGACAGCUAUWCUUUGUACUAAUGCUAUCGCUGUGCUUCAUGAGGAGAGGUUUCUCAGAAAAAUCGGCUGGGGUGUAGAUCAAGGAGUUGGAGGUUUUGGAGAUGAUCCAGGAGUCAAAGCUCAGAUCCUGAAUCUCAUCCGCUCAGUUCGGACUGUCAUGAGAGUGCCUUUAAUAAUCGUCAACUCUGCAUCCAUCAUCCUGUUGUUGCUCUUCGGUUGACCACCAGCUGUGGAUACUAGAGGAUUAAACACCUGACAAAGAACCACUGAAACCCACAAACCUAUGCCAUCACACAUUAAACAAUUUGUCAUUUAGGACUUCUGUUUUUUGCAAGUCAAUAUGGGAGUUAGGAUUUUUCAACAGGAAGACCAGAAAACAGAAAAAAAAAAUAUUUGCAGAUGCAAACAGAAGAAGCAUUUUGUUGUUAGUCUACACAUGUCUUGAGGAAAUUUCUUCUCUUUGUCCAAAAAAAAAAUGGAAAAAAAGAUUAUCUUUCUUAAAGUCAUAACACACGGUGACAAUUCUGUCUCUGUGCUGCACAGAUUAGGUUUAUAACAAGCUUCAGGUUAAAAUGACAGGAGCCUGUUUGGAUGAUGGACAGACUUGUGCCAUAUGUUGAUAAAAAGGUGCUUAAAAGUCCAUGAUGUUUGGACUUUCCAUCAAWAAAUUAUAUUAGAAUCAUAUGAUUUUGGCAAUAUGUUUGUACAUACAGAUAAAGAAACCAAUAGGAAUUUAUUUUAAUUUAUUGUUUUUUUUAAUUCCAUCUGUAUUGUUGAUUAACAGUUGAUUAGCACUGUAUUUAUAACAGGAAUGCUCCAGACCUCGUCAGGGCUGUUUUCUUCAUUCAGUGUGUAAAAUGUUGUGAUGUUUAUUUGCGACUGUAAGGAAAAAAAACACAUAUUUUCAAAUACAACUCAGACAAAUGUAGUUUAAAAGUUUAUACUACCUCAAUGCUUCAGACAUUGAGUUGUGCUGUUGUUCUGACUUAAAUGCAAAAUAUAAUUUCAUGAAUUUGU